AUGGCUCAAGAAAAAAUCAACACAGAGAGGGUGAAACUUGUAACUUCAUUGCUCAUUCUGCAACUAUGCUUUGCAGGAUUUCACAUCGUCUCCAGAGUCGCGCUUAACAUCGGCGUUAGCAAAGUGGUGUACCCUGUUUACAGAAAUAUUAUCGCACUCCUACUAUUGGGACCCUUCGCCUAUUUCAUCGAGAAGAAAGAGAGGCCACCUCUAACAUUCUCUUUACUAGCCCAGUUUUUCCUUCUAGCACUAGUGGGAAUUACUGCAAACCAGGGCUUCUACAUUUUAGGCCUGUACUAUGCAUCUCCAACUUUUGCAUCAGCAAUGCAGAACUCAGUGCCUGCAAUUACUUUCAUUAUGGCUUCGGCUCUAAGGCUGGAGCAAGUGAACAUCGCGAGAAUAGAUGGGUUGGCUAAGAUCCUAGGGACUCUAGCAAGUGUAGGAGGUGCGACAAUUAUUACAUUGUACAAAGGUCCGCCCAUACUAAACAAGGCAUCAGAAACGAGUAACUCAUAUGAAGAGAGUGUGGUCAUGCCAUCGAACAAAGUGCAGAACUGGACAUGGGGUUGUGUAUUUCUCCUAGGUCACUGCUUAUCCUGGGCUGGAUGGAUGGUCCUUCAGGCUCCUAUAGUGAAGAAGUACCCAGCAAAGCUCUCACUCACAUCAUUCACAUUAUUUUUCGGCUUAAUCCAGUUCCUGGCAAUAGCAGCUUUCGCAGAAAAGGACCCAAAGCAUUGGAAAAUCCAGUCUGGGGAAGAGAUACUAACAAUCUUAUAUGCUGGAGUAAUAUCUUCAGGUCUAGUACUAUCACUACAGACCUGGUGCAUUCAGAAAGGAGGCCCAGUGUUCGUAGCUAGUUUCCAGCCAGUGCAGACAGUAUUAGUAGCUGGCAUGGCAUUCAUAAUACUCGGCGAUCAAUUAUUCUCCGGGGGGGUCAUAGGAGCUGUACUCAUUAUAAUCGGGCUAUACCUAGUCUUAUGGGGAAAAACAGCAGAGAUGAGAUAUCAGACUCACGAUACUGAAGAGACUUUGACAAAACAUCUAUUACAGGAUAACAACAAUAAUCAAGAAUGCCUUGACGGAACCAACAUUCCAUAA